AGUAUUCCUGAAGUUGGCAGAAAGCUGUUGUUCCGAGGAAAAGGGACGGCUGUCGUUACCUUACAAUCAGCCUAUGGCAUGAAACAAGGAUUUGCUCUUCGGUACUCAGUGCUUGUACCAGACCCUAGCCGGAGAGAAAUUGACGCACGAGCCUUGGAGCUACAAACUAUGUCUCCAUUACCGUCAGCAGAGAAUGAUCAGGUUGACCUCAGUCAACGAGAAGCUGGGAUGUACUCAACACCAACUGGACAAGGGCAGCUGAUCAUUUCACAAUACCCCAGGACGUCGAAUGUGCAGGAGAGACAGGGGUCUCCCUGGAUUCAUCAGGUUUCCUGGUAUCCCAGACGUCCAAAGCUCUCAGGCAUUCUUUCAGGAAAGAGACAGAGGACUCAAACCCAGUCACAGCCAAGAGAAAUCCCAACAAGAAGAAAUUCCAAGUCAGAUUCCAGAACCAAAUUUCACCCCAAAUCUCUGGGAUGUCAAACCUCCAAGGAAAAACCAAAAAUUUCACCAAGUCUUGCAAGCCUUAAAGUUGCUGCUGUUUCAGAAUCCAACACCAGGCGCCAUCCUUACCUCACCUCCAUUAUACAAUUGUUAUCCUCUUCCACUUCCAGUCCGCGCUCACACAUCCCCUCCAGCCCCAGUGUACACCUCAUCCCCCUCCCAUUCCAGCCUUGGUCCGAUACCCCCUGGCCUUGGUCCGAGUGCCCUCUCUCCCUCCGGUCUCAGUCCAACACCCUCUGACCUCAGUCUGAGAACGAUCUCCCGCUCUGGCCUCAGGUGGAUUGCUCCCUCCCCCUCCAGCCUUGGUCCGAGCACUCGCUCCCCCUUCGGCCCAGGUUGGAGCUCCCCCUCCAUUCCAUAUCGGAGCACCCCAACUCAGUCUAUCCUUAUUUCAAGCUCCCCCUCUCCAUCCAGCCCUGCACCACGCUCCCUUUCCGUGACUUCACCCCUCACCUUCAGGUCAAACCUUACCUCAACACUACUACUCAGCCCUCACUUUCCAUUCUCUUCACUACCACCUGACAAUAUCUUUGAGAAUUUAUCAGGUCCGUCUUCAACAUCUCCACAAGAAGACCAAGAAAAUGUAAUGAGUCAGAGUAGACCGAAAUUGAGCAACCAGCCUGUUGUGGAUUUAUCAGAAGGAGUCUGGGGUUUAUCCCCUGGCUCUUUCACAGAGUCCAACUCAGGCCUGUGGCCAUUGACCAGCACAGGGACUGUGGACCCCACAAAGAUCAACAUGAGCCAAGAAGGUGUGGAUACCACAAGCGACGCAAAUACCAAUCUGGUCAUUACUUCAGGGGGAGAACCAAAUGUCUUGCCUAAAAUUUCAGGAGAACUUUUAACAAGCAUUUCACCAAGAACUGUUCAAAAAUCAACAAACCAAUCAGUAAGUAGGAGGACAGAACCUCCUGGAAUGGAAUCUGAAAUGUCCUUGGUCCCAGUUAGUGUUCCGGGUGAUGAGGAUUACCAUCACCAAUGGAGGAGUAGGCAGCAAGACCAUUCGUCCGAACGUGGACUUGCUCUUUCGGCAGGCAAUGAGGUUGACCCAGUGACACAAUCUGAGUUACAGGAUGAAGUGAAGAUUCCAGUUACUUUGACUCCAGCCCAUGAGUUUUCAAGCCCACUGAGUGUUCUGCAGGGUGUGGUGGAGAUGUCCCGGGGGAGUGGUUCUGUGAGUAGGGUGGAAAGAUCCAGUACAGCAAGUGACACGGCACAGAGUGAGAGCCAGAGCCAAAACUCCGUUCCGAGUCUCCCUGCCAGCCCUGGAGAGCUUAUCACACCUCAGCCAGACCAGGACAGGAAACAGGAAAGUGAAUCAGAUCAACAUUUGCUUUCCUUCUCUCAGCCCGCUGACCUUCCUACAUCAGAAUUGCUCUCCACUCAAAAUAUAAACACACAAUCUCUUGUAAAUAGCCUCAAAAUAGAUUCGGUGGCAGGGUCAAUGAAUCCGUUAGAAAACACUCAUUCGACAUUGGAUUUUAAAGGCUCUUCAUCAGAUUUUGAUGGAUCUUUUACACAAACCUUUGGCCCAGUAGUGAUUAAACCGACAUCCCGUGCCUGGAACAUGUUUGAAAUUCCUGAAUUGAUGACCCAUUCUUCAAAUCUUCCAGGACAGGAAGUUGCUAAUGAUGCUGAAACAGAUACAGCAGCAAUGAUCUCUGAGUCAGGGCCCACUGCACGUCUCCCUGAAAUAGUUUCAGCAGUUAGCUCUCUGAGUGGUGCUGACACAACACAGAGAGCUCGCCCAUUGUCAGCAGUAACGGGUGACAAUGACCUCAUGUCCACUAACAAAUUCCCCAGAUCCUUUUCCUUCACUUCAGGUAUAAGUCUCACAGCCAUUUCUGAUGUUGCAAGUGGAGGUGAAAUAGUGUCGAGUGAAGUUACAGGGGGUGGUGGUGAUGUUACAGGCUGGGAGUCUGAGACUCUGACUGUUAGAGACACCACCAUUAAGGAUGAUGGGAAUGUGACACAAUUCACCUUCACCAAAGAUAGGAUGACCAAAGAAUCAGCCAAUCACAGCCAAAGGUUAGAGGUUACUCAGAGGGCUGAAAACAAUACAGGAUUCUGGGUAAUUUCUGGCAUAUCAGUGGCCAAAAAGGACAGUGGCAGAGGGAAUACUCUCCGUGACAGUGCUACUGAAAUGAUGGGUCGCACAAAGCCUUCUGAAAAAACCCUUUGGUUUGAGAGAAGAACCAUUUUACCACCAAAUGUUGGAGGGGAAAAUACAGGAAGCUCUCCGACUGGACAUAAUGUUGUAUCUAGAGACAAAGUCCCAUUGUUCAACCUAAGAACACCUGCACCAGAGACAGUAGCAAAUGUAAGCUCACUAUUUAUUGGAGAUGAUCACAGUGCAUCUCCAUCUCGGGAGAUCUUUCCAACCUUGUCACUCUCAGAGUUGCCAGAGCAAUCUUCAACAAGCUUCGAGGAGCCUCUACCUCUGACCAGUGUCAGAGAAACCAUUGCGUCAACUUCAAGUAAUACCACAGUGUCCAGGGGAAAUACAAUGUCAUUCCCAUGUAGCAAAUUGGAGCCCCAAAUGUCUGAUGGCGAGAGGCUGAGAGAGACCUCAGCCACAGCAAUGAACCAAACUUUCCAGGAGGGAACUGUACUGAACAAACCAGUGGUUACCUCAGGAACACCAACUUUGAUCCAAGGAUCCUGGAGUGAAAUGCAGCUUGAUUCCCGAGCCACGGCAUCCCCUGCACUCCCAGGACUGACCUCCUCUGUUGUUACAGUGACAGACGUUCCACAGCUUCUGCCAUUUGUAUCCACCUUUGAGACAGCACCUCGACUAUCAUCUGACCAGACUGGCACAGGGCAUUCGCAAAUACUCAGCAGCCCCUCGGAAACCUCUGGUGUCUCAGAUCUCAGGGAAACAGCCUGGCAAAACAUUAUGAAUUUGAAGGCUACACCUCCUUCACCUCCAGCUUUUCCUUCUGCUGCUGAAGAGGAAGAAGCCAUUGCAACUGGUGUGGGAUCUCCCUCAUCUUGGGCCCUGCAGAUGAACCAGUCAGGAUCGCAACCUGUUGAUGGUUCUCUAGGGCCCAGUGUCACACACGUUGACACGAAGGACCUUAAACGUGAUGCUGCUCAAACAGUCAAGCCUUGGGCAAACGAAUGGUGGCAAAAAGAAAUAUUGUCAACGUUUGCUACUGAGCACUUUUGGACUUGGAGUUGGUCUGAUUUAGGGACGUCAUCAAUCAGUCAUGGGGUAGCACCAACCUCAGGGUCUUCAGCGCCCCCUGAAGGAACCACACCACAUCCAGCAGUUACAAUGAUACCUAGGUCUGUGACCACUUUCAAAAAUCCCAUUGCUGUAACACCUGGCAGUGACAAUAGCUGGACAUCAGGGAGGGAUGGCCCCUCUCUAUUUUCACCCACUCUUGGAACUGGAACAUCAAUGUCACCAGUGCCAACAUCUUGGCCACUGCACCUGCCCAUCGACACAACGCCACCAGAGAGAGCUGUACAAACUGCAACGCAGCAAUAUACCCCAGCCACACUCGGGGAGCUGUCGAAUUCAGUCCUGUCGUUUACUCCAAUGGAGAGACACAAAAGCAUUUUCAUUGUGGAAAAUGAGCUGCCGAUGAUCAAAGAGGGUGCCACUUUGAAGAUACCAACAAAACUCAUUCUGGCCAUGAACUUCACCCUCCAGUUGGGAGACCCAACAUCUGAUGAUUACCAGAAUCUGGCCAAGGAUUUCACACACAAAGUUUCUCCGUUUUAUAAGAAAGUUCCUGGAUUUCAGCAGUUGCUGAUUAAACACUUCAGGGCAGGAAGCGUAUUGAUUGAGUUUGACGUUGUCUUCAUCAGUAAGGACUGA